AUGGCGAAGCGAAGCGCGAAUGUGCUGAACACGAUGCUCAGCGCGGUGGGAAAGAAGACCAAGUCAAUGGACGAGGCUCGAAAGUCCGACCUGGCUGUGCAUGCAAUGCUCGGCGACAACCAAGGCAGUGGGUCCCGCGGCCCCAAACUCCCGACGCAUACGUCGCAAGCGCCGGAUGGAGCGAUCGCGAACUUUCUGCUCGAGAUGCGAGAAGCCAUUGACAGCCAAGGAUACGGCGCGACAGUUGAAGUGGAACUUCGUCUUGGUAAGAUCACGUCGUCCGCCACAGGUCAACGCUUCAGUGGAUCUACACCCGGCGAUGCGUGCGUCAUUCUGCAAGAGGCCGACAUGAAGUCGCACGGCGCCAAGUUCGUCCCAGGUGUGAAGAAGGAAGACUACCUUGGGUUUCACCGCAAAGCCAUGAAACUCACAAUGUCCGACGCGUACGCCAAGCACGUCGAACACCAGAACGUGUCGACUUUUCCCGGGAGCAAGCGUGUCGUGGAAGAGAUCGAUUUGAACACUGGACAGACCAUGGCGCCAUACCAGCAAGUCAAGCAGCGCCUCGGGACCAUCGACAUCUUUUUGCCACACUGUGACUACGACUGCCGUGUGGCGAUCUCGCUCGAAUUCGCGCCGACGCCAGUCUCUCUCGAGUCGCUGCCCGCCCCCGAACACCGACGAGGGAAGAAGCGAGAAUCGGCGGUGGGACGGGAUGUUCGCGUCGACUUGACGGAGGUUCACGAAGGCGACGUCGUGAUGUCGUACGAAGUCGAACUCGAGCUGCAGCCAACGAUGGUCAAGGACUGGCUCAACCUCCCAGAAGAUCAGACGUGGAAAGGUGCGAUUGGCAGCGCCGGCGUGCUCUGGUCGACUGUGUCGAGGCACUUUAUGGUGGCCGCGUCGCAAGCGUACCGGCAGACAUGGGACGCAGUCGACCCGGACAACGCGCUGCGGCACGCGUACCAGCGGCACUUUGACAAUCCGCAAAAGUUUCCCGGCACGAUGCCGGUCGGAUUUGCUCGGUGGCACAUUCCAAACGUCCGGGACCGCGAUUACUUUUGUUCCGAAAAGACAGACGGCGUGCGCUACUUUCUCGUGGCGGCAAACCAACGGGUGGUGCUCGUCGAUCGGUCGAAUUUGCCGUUUACGGCGCCAGGUCUGGAAGCGCUAUCGUGGUUGUUGCCGGAUGGCACGGUCCUCGACGGCGAGUACGUGCUCCAUCAAAAGCAGCAGCGGUUCAUUUACAUGGCGUUUGACGUGAUUGCAAUCGGGCCAUUGCAUGCGGAUUCGUGUGUGAAAAAGAUUUUCCGCGAUCGGCUGAACGUCCUGUUUCAAUUCUUGGCAGACGAAGGACCGUAUCUUCAGGGCAUUCGCAGCCACGCGAUCCACAUGGACGCUGUCCUCCCGCUCCUGCGCAAGCGAUGGACCCCCGUGAAGGAAAUCCGCCACCUCUUUGACAGCAUCAAGUCGAUGAAGCUCGCCAACCAUGCCAAGACCCGCGUCCGCGUGUACGCAGACGACAAGCGCGAGCAUUUCACAGACGGCGUUGUAUUUUGCCCGGGUCAGUCGCCGUACGUGAGCUUUUCACAUCCAGGUACAGGUCUCUGCAUCAUCCCAACGGGAACUUGAUGCGCGCGACAUGGCAGAAUACCUCAAGUGGAAGUGGAGCGACUUGAUCACGAUUGAUUUUCUGGCCGAGUGGCGCGAUGGCGCAGUGCGGUAUAGCUGCUCGGGGCCGCAGAACAAACCGAUCGAGCUCGACCAGAUCGUAAUCGUUGACCCGAAGGACACUGCGAAGAUUCAGAGCGUGCUCCAGCGGUCGCCAUCCGGUCAUGCCAUCCUCGAGUUUGCGUUCAACGCGGACGUGGGGCUGUGGCAAUUCAAGCACGACCGGCCAGACAAAGAUUCGCCAAAUUACAUCCGCACGGUGCUCGGGUCGCUGAUCAACAUGGCCGAGAGCAUCUCGGAAGAGGAACUGCAGGCACGGCUUCUCACCCCCGGCAGCGAAGAAGGCUGGAACAGGAGAAUGAAGGCAAAACGCGAGGAAACGCUCAAGGAACUUCUCCACCGCAAGUA